AUGUGGAGAAACAUUAUGGCCUUGUAUGAUCAAGCUAGAGAAGAUAAUCCAUCCACCAUGCGCCCUAGAAGUUUGAGAUCUAUGAAAAGUCGGUGGGGAAGAAUAAAUAGAGAUGUGAGUACAUGGGUUGGUUGUUAUGGUGAGGCAAUAAAAAGAUAUGAGAGUGGCACCAACACUCAUGAUGAGAUGACUGAAGCUCAUGAAAUAUAUAGAGGGACGUGUAAUGGUUCACGCUUUGGUUUAAUUGGUUGUUGGGAGAUUUUGAGAGACUUAGACAAAUGGAGACCACUAGACCUAGAAGUACCUUCUAGUGGUGGUGGCAGUUCGAAAAGAUCAGAACCUGAUACUCCAACUGAUGAAGGUCCAAUAACUCGUACUCGUCGUCGUCGUCGUCCUGAUGGGGUGAAAAAAACAAAAAGGAAAGGUAAAUCUGUUGCUAGUUCUGGUAUUCAAAAUGUUGGUAGUUCUAAAAUUCAAAAUUUAGAGUCUUUUACUCAAGCCUUGUCAGAGAUGAAUGUGAUAAAAGGAAAACACAAAGAUGUUGACGAGAGGCGUAUUGAUGUAGCGGAACGUAUGCUCGAGUAUCAAAAGGAACGAGAUGCCAUCAAAGCUCGGAAAAAAGAGGGGGAAAAGAGGUUCAAGUUAUUCAGUGUCCUUCUUGCAAAACCAAAUCUAUUUGAAGACGAAAAAGAAAGUUAUCUGAAAUUAAAGCAAGAAUUUGCACAUUUUUUAGGCUAG